UUAAAACAUUGCUCUGGCAUCAAUACUAAAGAAUUAAAACCAUUUACAGCAAUUAAACAUCAAAUUAAUAGGAAAAUGUUGAAAAUAUCAAACGGCGGAAGACUCCUGUGGGAAACCGUAAAAAGUAAACAUCCCUUCAACACUGGACGAUGGUAUUGUACCACUUCUACCGGUACAGAAACAUUUCUGUCCUACGAUAAGGAUCCUGGUCCGGUCUUCAUGCGACGUGAUGUCCAGAAACUGCUCGGAUCAAUGACUCGUCUUGAGCUUGACAAAGUAUUCCGCAAACGUUCGGUCAAGAAUAACACAGUCGAGUACAAGUUCAUGACUGACGAGCAGUUGCGCGAGGAGGUGAAGAAAUCAAUUGGCCUAGCGGGAAGAAUGCUCCAAAUGCCGCCGGUUGUUGAGCCUAUGCAAGACAGUCCACGAGUACUAGCGAAAGAAGGCGCGUUGAAAGAAUUUUCUGAUACAAAAAUGGUGUUUACCGACAUUACCUACGGGUUGAAGAACAGCAAACGGACGAUUGUGGAACGGUUGACUGAUGGUACGCUGCAGGAAGCAUCGUACGACAUGCGGAAACGCUUGAAUCAGAUCUAUUUUCCGCUGAAGGGAAGAUAUAUAAGAAAACCGAAAAUGUUUGAAGACAGCGCUCUUAAAAAAAUUCUAGAUGCUGGCGAUCAUGAAUUCGUCCUGGAUCGAGCUUGCGUCCAAUUUGAACCUUACGAGCAUGAGUAUCACCACGUGACGGCAACUGUGUAUCAACAUGUUAACGAAAAUAAGCUUUUCGAUUCGCUGCGAUCUACCAGACACUUCGGGCCGAUGUGUUUCUUCCUGGUGUGGCACCGUUUGGCGGAUGAUUUGCUUUUGGACAUGAUCAAGAGGGAAUACUUGAGAAACGGUGUCGAGCUUAUUUUGCUGUACUGUUCGCUUCACGACGUAAAGGUUAAUUCUGAUAGUUUCGAGCAGAUAAAGCAGCUUGUUCUCAGCACGGAUUCCCCUGUGUUCGAGUCAGAUGAUAGAACUGCUGAGCAAUUGCAGCAGGAUGAGAAAUUCUUGUCCCUCAUUGAACAGUUUGUCAGCGAAUAUUGUUCGAAAAAGGUGCAGCUCAACCUGGCGAUUGCAGCCUACCGGGAAAUGGCUAACGAACGGCAGCAACUAGCGGAAGGAAUUCGAAAGAUGCAUGGUGAAAGAUAAAAGUUUUGAAGAUAUUGUAUUUAACAGAUUUGGGUACAAAUUAAAUAGAACUGGCGAGUAA